UCCUCCGAUCUGCCUAACUGGUGCAAGACGGCCAGCAUGAAGUUCAACCCCUUCGUGACCUCAGACCGCAGCAAAAACCGCAAACGCCACUUCAAUGCCCCCUCGCACGUGCGCAGGAAGAUCAUGUCUUCCCCGCUCUCCAAGGAGCUGCGGCAGAAGUACAACGUCCGCUCCAUGCCCAUCCGCAAGGACGACGAGGUCCAGGUGGUUCGAGGACACUACAAAGGUCAGCAAAUAGGCAAGGUAGUCCAGGUGUACAGAAAAAAAUAUGUCAUCUACAUCGAGCGAGUGCAGCGUGAGAAGGCUAAUGGUACAACUGUUCAUGUGGGCAUUCACCCCAGCAAGGUAGUUAUCACCAGGCUAAAACUGGACAAAGACCGGAAAAAAAUUCUUGAACGCAAAGCCAAAUCUCGACAAGUUGGAAAAGAGAAGGGCAAAUAUAAGGAAGAACUUAUUGAGAAAAUGCAGGAGUGAAUAUAACCUGUUAUACAACCACAGUUUAACUGUAUAUUUUUAGUCUGGAGUCGGUCUUGGCUUGUCAGCAACCCGUUCACGACAAAUGACGGACCAGAGCUUUGAGAGCUGUCAUUCCCACCACCACCAGCCCCCCACGGGCAACCAGAUCAUGCCAGAAUGCUUGUAUUGAGCCAUGUGAGUAAUAGUGCCUGGUGAAGAGCAGGAGCUCAGCAUCACAUAGUUAUCAUCACCAUGCUGGUAACCUGUUCAGUUUGCUGCUAUCUCUUGUCACGAAGAGAAUUCCUCUAGAUGCAAAAUCAACUCCAAACCCAGAACACCUCUGACUCGCCUGUGUUGGCCAUCAGCUGCCUUAAACAUUCACACCACGUUUGAAUAUCUCCUUCUACAAUGCAGUAUUUUCUCCUGUCACCUUUUUUACAUUUUGAUGAAUUAUGUGCCUACUUAACCUAAACUGUGCUGGCUCUGUAAAAUGUCUAUGCACUCUUCUGAGAUAGGAGGCGCUGUACUUCUGAGAAACAUGCUGCUCUCUCCUUGGAGCCUGUGCAUUUGGAGACCACUCCUGCCUGGUCACAACAUGGGAAUCUGCGAAGUGUUUAAAAACUGUCGCAAGACCGGUAGAGUCAAGUGGGGCAGUCCGUAGGAGAGCACGUUCAGAGGGAAUAUCUGUGCUAACAGAAUUACACCAAAGUAUAUUUUCAGGACGACUUUCUUAUUUCUGCCAUCUAUUGGAAUAAAUUAUUUUUCUGCUUUCUGUGGAAA